UCAAUGGCAGCACAUGAGUGAUCAUUGAUGAACAAGUUUCAACAUCACAGUUCAUAUUGGACUGUGCGGCUCAGGUGCGCUCUGAAACGUAGUAAGGUGUCUAAUUGUUUUCUGUAUUGGGAACAUGCUGCGGUCCUGAGCCACAGUUUACCAUGAUGAUGCCUUCUCUAUCCAUUCAUUUUAGACUCGAUAGCAGCAGUUUCUUGAAUAACCUUUAGCCGCGCUUCAACAGUUUCUGCAGAGAUGGACGCCUCCAACGGGCAUCUACCUCCACCAGCUAGAAGGAUGGCCUUUCUUGAAACGUUUUAAGUCGGCAUUUUAAGCCUCCAAUAUUAUGUUGAAGGUACAAUUAGUAUCACAAUGACUGCUUGUUUCACUUCCCAUGGCAAGGUUUGAAUAUUUUUGGUUCGUCGAUAAAUGCCGCCCGCGACGAAUGUUCCCUUCAAGCCCUCAAGCACCAAUGGCUGCCUCGGCCUCGAAGGUCUCUAGAAAACGCCAGGACUUGCUCGAAUCAGGACUUGCAUGCCUGGUGUGUCGCCAGGGGAAGACUAAAUGCGAUGGCGUAAGGCCAACGUGUGGACGAUGUCUUAGGCUUGGGAAGUCAUGCGGGUAUGCGAGAACUCCCAGUGACAGGGUUAAACAGCUAGAAGAAGCGGUAGAGAGCUUGGAGAGCAAGGUAGCCGCACUGAGAUCUACCCCGACUUCGCCUAUCCACGACACGGGCGGUACUGGAACCUCUGAAAGCCCACGGGCUUCUCGGCUAGCCACUCUACCUCAGCUCGAGAGUGUGCAGGAGCUCUAUACCGCCAAGGCACUCCAUGUCCCCGAGACCAUACCAGUAUUCCCUUCGUCAUUUCUUUCCUCUGAUGUAGCCUUCGUAUCUGCAGAAGACCAGCCGUUUUCUCAUUCAGAAGAGCCUUACCCAAAAGUUAUUGCUCGUGUCGCGAUAGAACGCGCUCUGGAGAAUUGGGAUAUGCAGACAGAAAUGCCUAACCAACUCAAAGAUUAUCUUCUUCGUAUCUUCUUGGCUCAUCGUUUCCAAUUCCAUUCUGGUCCACUUAUUGCAAGGCUGCUCCAAGGCCCCCCUUUUUUUCCUACCAAUGGCGGCACCCUUCACCCCUGCCUUAUGAAUUCAAUGUACCUUCUUGCUUGCUAUGUUGGCGGGGGCUCUAUGUCUUCAUUUGAACCCGUCUUUGUGACUCGGACGCGCGCGGAUCUGGAUGCAUCAUUGGCUUUCGUUGAUCGUCUUGUGGACUUCCUUCUCGCUUCGACUCUGCUAGGAGUCUACUUUACUCGCACUCGUCGGUAUCCCGAAGCUUACACGACUUUAUCUGGCGCCAUUCGAUUCGCUAUCGCUUGUGGACUGCAACCAUUGACUGCUGCUCAGCAUCAAGGUAGUAGCGCAGGCUUGCUGCCUCUCCCUAGAAAUGAUCUCGAGAUGAUUGAACAAAGGCGCAUCUGGUCUGCAUUGAAUGUGGCGGAUCGCAUACUCACAAGAGAAUCAGGACUGCCCAGUUCAUUGCCUGAGGAUGCGCUUUCUGAAGUCUAUAGAUCUGCAUGUGGUAUCAGCUUCCAGAAUCUCCCCAUCACUGCCUUGGGAAUCUCUAACCCUGAUUGGAUCCGUCACUUGGCCUCGCCCAAUGCGCCCCCCAAUCCUGGCAUAUUCGACGUCAGUAGAGAAAUCGAUCAUGUUUGUCUCAGAGCCAGGAUAGAAUUGCUUUUUGAAGGCAUACGACUCUUCCGUGCGCGCAAUAGGGGUAUGUUUACACUGAAACGUCUUGUGCACUCUGACUCACCACCGAUUAGGAGACGUUGAGUCUAGCUCGGGGUCCUCUAGCAUUCCAUUCUGGCAAACAUUCAACUUCCUCGAGGCAUCUCUCUUUGAAUGUCAAAAAACAAUGCCCUCAUUGAACAGUACCUUUAGCAUCGGAAAUGACGAGUACAGCGAACUUGAAUUUGGCCACCUGGUACCUCAAACUCAGUAUCCUGAUGGAGAAACGGUCUUUACCAGCAGACCCAACCCAGCCCUUUUUU